AUAAUGUGAAGGCGAUGUAAGUGAGUAUCACUAUUUAUGUAUCUCUAUCUACAAUGAGAAUGGCAAAUUCUAAUUGGUCUCAACUCUUGCUCUUUUGCAUCCUAACAUUGUCAUCCCUUUUCCUAAGCAACAUCAAUGUUGCAUUUGCAACAAACCCAUUUGUCCAACAAAAGAAAGACAGGAUUUUUAAGGCACUCCCGGGUCAAAACUUCAACAUAACCUUCAAACACUAUUCUGGGUAUAUUACAGUCAACGAGGAAGUUGGUAGGACACUCUUUUACUGGUUCAUUGAAGCAGAUCAUAUAGAUCCUACCUCAAAGCCUCUUCUUUUAUGGUUCAAUGGUGGUCCUGGUUGUUCUUCUAUAGCUUAUGGAGAAGCUGUGGAAAUUGGUCCUUUUCAUAUUAACUCAGAUGGCAAAACCCUUUAUCUUAAUCCUUAUUCUUGGAAUCAAGUUGCCAAUAUUCUUUAUAUUGACUCUCCUGUUGGAGUUGGAUUUUCUUAUUCAAAUAAUUCAACUGAUAUUUUCAACAAUGGAGAUAAGAGGACAGCUGAGGACAAUCUCAUAUUUCUAUUGAAGUGGUUUAAGCGUUUUCCCCAGUAUAAAAAAACAGACUUUUUCAUCAGUGGCGAGAGCUAUGCAGGACAUUAUGUUCCCCAACUUAGCCAACUUAUUGUCAAGUACAACUCAGCUACAAAACAAGAUUCUAUAAACUUCAAAGGUUACAUGGUAGGAAAUGCUCUAUUAGAUGAUUUCUAUGAUCAAUUGGGGAUAUUCCAGUUUAUGUGGUCAAGUGGUAUGAUUUCGGAUCAAACAUUCAAGCUCUUAAACCUUCUAUGUGAUUUUCAGUCAAUCAGACACCCGUCAGAGUCAUGUGAAAAAACUUUGGAAAUCGCCUAUGAAGAACUUGGUAAUAUAGACCCAUACAGUAUCUUUACCUCUACUUGCCAUGCUAACCAUAAUCAGCACGUUAAAAGAAAGCUUAGUGCAGGAAGACUCAGAAGUGCGUAUGAUCCUUGCACCGCGAAGCACAGCACUAUAUACUUCAAUCAACCCGAGGUCCAAAGAAUUCUACAUAUUGAUCCAAAUCACAAGCCGGAAAAAUGGCAGACUUGCAGCAAAAUGGUAGGUAUUAACUGGAAGGAUUCGCCUAGAACAGUUCUUAAUAUAUAUCGUGAACUUAUUCCUACCGGACUGCGAAUAUGGAUAUUCAGUGGUAAUACAGAUGCUGUUCUCCCGGUAACAUCUACUCGCUAUUCCAUAAAUGCUCUCAAGCUUCCAACUGUGAGCCCCUGGCGUGCAUGGUAUGAUGACGGAGAGGUUGGAGGAUGGACGCAAGAAUACGCCGGACUCAUGUUUGUAACUGUAAGGGGUGCCGGGCACCAAGUUCCUCUGCAUAGACCGAAACUUGCUCUAACAUUGUUCAAAUCCUUUUUAGCAGGAACCUCCAUGCCAACUUUCGAACCGGUCACACUCACGACCGCCUAAUGAUGUAGUUAAUACAAGUUUAUGGUUGUUACAUUGCCAAUUUUGUUAGUUUUCCUUGAAAUAUUUCUCAAAAGUGUUGCUCUAAGCAAUGCUGUGGAGCACAAUUUAUUCUUACAAGAAAUGCAAGAAUGCUGAUAUACCGAGGUUCGAACUCGAGCCCAGCAUAUCCAUGACACUAUCAAAUAUCAAUUUAAUUAAAUUGUGUAUUUGUUUUUUUUUUUUAAAUUAAAAUUUAAUAUAUGUGUAAAAGAAUUUUUUAUGUCUGUGUCUACCUAAAAAUUGUCCUUUCCUACAUUAACUUUUUUCAAAUAAAUUUGAUAAAAAAACUAACCAAUAAAAAUAUACAUAUAUUAAAAACUGUGCUAUAUAUAGAAUACGAAAACAAAUUAGGAUCUCGUCCUUCUUCAAGCAGAUCUAAUACAAUCUUUACUUUUAGAAAUACUAAAAAAAUAUACCUAUAUUAUUUCAAUUUUUUAAAUUUUUUUUAAAAUC